AUGAAUCAUAGAUUUCGAAUAAAGGUGACCUCACUACCUGAAGCUCUUGAUAGGACUCUCAAGAACUUUAAAGUGAAAGGUCAACUUAGGGGUGGAUUUGUUAUUCUUUUUGUUGGUGACUUUUGGCAAAUACUACCAACUGUGCCAGAAUUCCCUAAAAUUAAUGAAAUCAAUUCUUGCCUCAAGUCAAAAAAUCUGUGGUCCUAA